UGUUACAAUAAAAGACAACUAGGAACAAAAUUCAUGAACACUUUAUAAAAUCCGAACCCGAGGUUAUGAAGGCAUGGGAAGCAACGAUUCGAAAAACACAACAGGCGAAAAAGCAAGCCACCAACAUAUUCGGGUCAGCCCAUGUGGCCCAUGUAGACGAUGAAGAAACUGAACAAGAUGAGAUUCAUGCAGCCGGUGAGGUCUACCAUGAAGAAAGAUACCUAUCAAAUGGUGACUACUACACGGGCCAUUGGUCAGACGGAGCUCCACACGGGUUUGGUAAAUAUUGGUGGACCGAUGGCUGCAUGUACGUUGGUGACUGGUUCAAAGGCAAGACCAUGGGCAAGGGAACCUUUAGUUGGCCCUCAGGAGCUACAUAUGACGGCGAAUUCAAAAGCGGAUACAUGGAUGGUGAGGGUACCUAUACGGGCCCAACUGGUGACACGUAUAGAGGUCAUUGGAUUAUGAAUUUAAAACACGGUCACGGGGUUAAAGAAUAUACAAAUGGUGAUAGAUAUGAAGGUGAAUGGUGUAGAGGGUUACAAGAAGGUAAUGGUAAGUAUAAAUGGAAAGAUGGUAGUUAUUAUAUUGGAGAAUGGAAAAAUGGAAAAAUGUGUGACAAGGGUAAAAUAAUCUUUUCUGAUGGGAGCAUGUAUGAAGGCGAAUGGGAUGACGGUUUACCGAAAGGAAAUGGAUCGUUUAAAUUUGCAGACGAGUGUGAAUACCACGGUAAUUGGAGCAAAGAUCCCGAAGAACAAAACUUAACACUUUCACCAUGUGUUGAUUGUGUUAUUGAACAUGAUCCACAACAAGUUUAUGAUAUUUAUCUUAAAGAUUGUGAAAUUUCUCCUCAAGAUAAAGUUCCAAUAUUGCCCUCACAAAAGAAACUAGCCGUUUGGAGAUCAUCUAAAGGAAACGAGCCAGCGGUUAGACAACGUAGGACGUCAGUUGAUGGGAGAAUGGAUGGAAAUAUUGAUAAAGAAUUGAGUAAAAUGGGAACGUUGGAUGAUAAUGAAAAGAACAUGAAAUCUAGAGAUGACACAUCAUUAUCAUCAUCAGAAGGAAGUCCAUUUAGGAUCCCAAGUGUUGUCAAGAAACAAGGUGAAACAAUCUCCAAAGGGCAUAAGAAUUAUGAACUUAUGCUUAAUUUGCAACUCGGUAUCAGGCAUUCUGUAGGAAGACCAGGUCCAGUGCCAUCUUUAGACUUAAAGUCGUCCGCUUUCAAUCCAAAAGAAAAGGUCUGGACAAGAUUCCCACCAGAGGGAUCUAAAUACACCCCUCCACAUCAAUCUUCUGAAUUCAGAUGGAAAGAUUAUUGCCCAUUAGUUUUCAGGACAUUAAGGAUGUUGUUCAAGGUUGAUGCAGCUGAUUACAUGUUAUCAAUAUGUGGAGAUAGCGCCCUCCGUGAGCUAUCGUCCCCUGGAAAAAGUGGAAGUUUCUUUUACUUAACACACGAUGAUCGUUACAUGAUCAAAACCAUCAAAAAAACUGAAGUCAAAGCCAUAUUAAGGAUGUUGUCUGCAUACUACAACCAUUUUCGCUCCUUUGAGCAUACCUUACUUACCAAAUUCUAUGGGUUACAUUGUGUGAAGCUAACCGGUGCCGCACAAAAGAAGGUACGAUUUAUUAUCAUGGGCAACCUUUUCUGCACGGAUCAUGUAAUUCAUAGACGCUUUGACUUAAAAGGGUCUUCACUUGGCCGGCUCACUGAUAAGCCCGAAUCAGAAAUCCAGACCACCACUAUUCUUAAAGAUCUUGAUCUCAAAUUCAUGUUUAGACUUGACAAGAAUUGGAUCCAAGAAUUCAGAAGGCAAAUCGACAGGGAUUCCGAUUUUCUUGAGCAGGAGAGAAUCAUGGAUUACAGUCUCUUGGUUGGUCUUCAUUUCAAAGAGACAAAUGGUAAUCUCUACAUUUUGUAUCAUUGUGAAAUGAAACCUUCAUAUUUAAAAAUUCCUUUUUCAUCAAUAAAUAACUUCUCAAAGGUUAACAAAAAUGUCUUAUUGAUUUGCUGCUACAACUACAGGGCUAAACUGGGAAUUAACAUGCAUGCGCGAGUCGAAAAGAUGGAAAGAAAAAAUGAAAUGGAAUUAAUUGGUGAACCAACUGGAGUAUAUUAUGAUGUUGUAAUGUUCUUUGGCAUCAUAGACAUACUUCAAGAUUAUGACAUCACCAAAAAGCUUGAGCAUGCUUAUAAAUCCUUCCAAUACGACCCCACGUCAAUAUCUGCAGUUGAUCCUCGACAAUACUCUAAACGCUUUCGUGAUUUCAUUCUCAAAAUAUUCCUAGAAGAUGAGGCUUAAAAGAAGGAAGAUUACGGUGAGUAUAUUUGACAGUGUGUUUGUUUCAUACUUAAAAAAAAAAAAUUCAUAAC